AUGCCCAAAGGCAUUUAUGAACGGCAGGAGCGGUCGCACGGUGACUUCUUGAAGCGCGAUGAGCAGUUUCUCGCAUUCCGCCUACAGGGCGAGGAGAACCGCAAUCGUAUGAUCAAAGCCGCGCGCGACAAGGACCGCGCAAUGGCUCAGGCUGCUUCUAAUGGAGUAUCAGCUGAUGCCGCACAAGCCGAGAUGGACGAAGAUGCCGCUGAGGAUGAAGCUGCUGAAGCCGAAUCUUUUGGCUCAAAGACGAUUGUCAUUCACCCGGGUAGUCGCAAUCUACGUAUCGGUCUUGCAACGGACGCUCUUCCCAAGACUAUCCCGAUGGUGAUUGCACGUAAGGCUUCGCAUGCGGAAGAUGAGGAGCCCGGUGCUGAACCACGACCAAAGCGAGUCAAGCUGCAGGAUGGGUCGGCAGAGCCUGCUGGUGAGAGUGCAUUCGGUGAAGAUGAAUACGGCAACAUGGCGGCUGACUUCAAGAUCUACCGCCGUAACAAUAAGCGCAGAGUCUUGCCCAACUCGCGCGAACUUGUCGUGAACUGGAACUCGCGCAAUGCUCCGGAAACCAUUUCUGAACACAACGAUCCUCAACGUGUUGACUGGACAGAAAUCGAGUCCCCUGCACCGGAAUAUUUCACUGGACAUGCGGCUAUGCGGAUACCACAACACUCGAAACCGAGGUACAGGCUUUACUGGCCGCUCAAACAUGGCUGGCUCAACGAACAGGACUACUCGAGCAAGUCUGUCUUACUCCGCGACUUUUUCCGCAUCAUCGAAAUGGCUAUCAAGAACGAGCUUCACCUGAAUCGCAAGAAAGACUGGGCACAGUACUCCUGCGUUUUUGUCAUCCCUGAUUUGUACGAANAAGUGUUUGUGACGUCCAUCCUUGAAGAGAUGUUCCGGGAUUUUGGCUUCCAGCGAGUAUGCUUCAUCCAAGAGAGUCUGGCAGCAACCUUCGGAGCUGGAUACUCGAGCAGCUGUAUUGUCGAUGUUGGUGCGCAGAAGACGUCUAUCUGCUGUGUUGAGGAAGGCAUGUGUGUCGAAAACUCUCGCAUGAACCUGAAAUUUGGUGGAGAAGAUGUCACAGAGGCUUUUAUCAAAAUGAUGCUGUUUGACCACUUCAAUUACGCCAACAUGGAUCUCUUGAAGAGACAUGACUAUCUGCUGGCGGAGGAGCUGAAGCAGAAGUUUUGCACGCUAGAGGAUGCACACAUCAGCGUACAGCUCUACGAGUUCCAUCUGCGUGCGUUCGGUCAAGACACUCGCAAAUAUCAGUUCAAGACUUACGACGAGGUCAUGCUGGCACCAAUGGUAUNNGGCUUCUUCAGGCCAACAAUCUUUGACCACGCAGACAAGCUCGCAGGCCGACGCAAGCUCAUCGGUCGAUCGACGGACACGUACGAUGACAAGCCCAACGAUCCCAUAUCGCUUGCUCAGCUACAGGUCUACAAACACUCAUCCGAUAACGUCCCUUCAGCUGUGACAGAAUCGACGAAUACACCAGCCCCCGGCGGUGUGCCCGCGACACCCAGCAAACCACUAAAUCUGGACCGCCUGACACAUCUUGCCGAUAUAGCAGAAAGUACACCUCGCUCAUCUCCAGCCGGGUCACCUGCUCCUGAAGAUACGGCCACUCCGGCACCAGGAGCUGGAGAUGCAACGCCAGCCGUGGCAGCGGCUGGAAUCGAAGGUACACAGCCAGAGACUGAAGCAGUUUUGCCUGUCAUGCCACUGGAUCAAGCGAUCGUUACAUGCAUCACCGAAGGCGCCAGGGGUGACGAGAAAAAGACGCGUGACUUCUUCGGCGGUAUCAUGGUGAUCGGUGGUGGCAGCAAGACCUACAACUUCAACGUCUAUCUCGAGCAGAGACUUCGCGCACUACAGCCGAACUUCCAGAGGNAGAUCUUGGUUGGACCUCCACCCAGAGAGCUAGAUCCUCAGGUUCUGGUAUGGAAGGGUGGCAGUGUGUUUGGCAAGAUGAGAGGCACGAAUGAUAGCUGGAUUGGGCAGUUGGAGUUUGACAGACUCGGUGCCAGAAUCCUUAACCAGAAGUGCAUGUGGGCAUAUUAA